AAUGUGUGCCCUCUGUUUUUCUAAUAAUUAGGUUAAUCAGUCCGCAGCUUGUGCGCAUAAAUAGAUUUAAGGAGGUUGCCUCGGUGGGGAGCGACGGCCUUCUGCCCGCGGUUGGAAGGCGGCGAAGGGAAGGUUGGUUAUGCCCUACCGCCAAGAGAUUUAUGCUCCCGUGGGUUUCAAAUUUGCAGUUCAUACAUGGAGCAAGAUCAUUCUUGGAGGCCUUUCUCUCUUUUCCAAGUCUUCUUAUUCCAGGAAGCUCUUUGUUGGCGGUUCAUUGCUCUUGGAAAUUUCCUCCUUGUCUCUUUUGUCAACUAUACUUGAGGCAAGCUACUGUUCCAUCACCACAAGGACCAGACCAUAUGCAGCUUUCUUCUAUAGUCUUCGUUAGCCGUGUCUACCUGCACAUCAUCAUAAAUUCAGGCUCUUCUGCUCUUGAGGUUCAAGGCAUUCAAGAAAUUAGUUAACUGAUUGCUGAAACGUAAUACUUCUGUGUAUGGCCAUCAAGAUGAUCUAGCAUCUAUCACAUUUCAAAUCAUAGUGGAUCUUUCCUGAAGCUUGUCAAAGUUUGAUAGCAUACAUAAAAGAGUUCUUUUGUUGAAGCAUUAGUUUUGUUUUGGUUCUAUCGUGUUGUUGGAGAUUCUACGGAAAUUCAGCUCCAACAACGAUGGAAAGGUACAAACUAAUUAAAGAAGUUGGAGAUGGAACUUUUGGAAGUGUUUGGCGUGCACUUAAUAAACUGACUGGACAAAUUGUUGCAAUUAAGAAAAUGAAGAGGAAAUAUUACUCAUGGGAUGAGUGUAUGAAUCUUCGAGAAGUUAAAUCUUUGCGGCGCAUGAACCAUCCAAAUAUUGUCAAGCUUAAGGAGGUUAUAAGAGAGAAUGAUAUUUUGUACUUCGUGUUUGAAUACAUGGAAUUCAACCUUUUCCAAAUUAUGAAAGACAGAGGCAAGGGUUUCUCGGAGGCAGAAAUUCGUAAUUGGUCUUUUCAGAUAUUUCAAGCCCUUUCUUACAUGCAUCAUCGUGGCUAUUUUCACCGAGACCUUAAGCCUGAGAACUUAUUGGUCACAAAGGACAUCAUAAAGAUAGCAGAUUUUGGCCUUGCUCGAGAAGUUUGUUCACAACCACCUUACACUGAAUAUGUUUCUACUCGCUGGUACCGGGCACCUGAAGUCUUGUUGCAGUCAUCCAUGUAUGAUGCCUCAGUAGAUAUGUGGGCAAUGGGUGCUAUCAUGGCAGAACUAUUUACUCUAAGGCCACUUUUUCCCGGUGCAAGUGAAGUGGACGAGAUCUACAAGAUCUGCAGUGUGAUUGGUAGUCCAAAUGAAAAUUCUUGGGCUGAAGGGUUGCAGCUUGCAGAUGUGAUGAAAUAUCAGUUUCCUGCGUGUUCUGGUGUCCAUCUAUCGUCACUAAUUCCAUCAGCCAGUGAAGAGGCAGUCAAUCUAAUUUCAGCACUUUGUUCCUGGGAUCCAUGCCAGAGACCAAAAGCUGCUGAAACUCUUCAGCAUCCCUUCUUUCAAUCUUGCUUUCAUAUCCAUCCACCUCUUCAUUCUAGGGAGGGAAGAUUAUCUCACACGCCUCCUGUUGGGAUUAAGGGAGCUAUGGAGCAGCAUAGUAGUAGAAGAAAUUCAGCUGGAUCUCUUUCUGUUACAAGAUCAGCUAAUAAUGUUGUGCUAACAAAGGCGAAUUCUCCUCUGAGAGCUGGUGCUCAGAGGAAACUGGAAAUGGAUAAACAGGAACUCGAAAAAAGAGAGAAAUCUGUGAAGGACAACCUGAAACAAUCUCGCUAUAAACCACCUGCAAGAAACGUUCCAGCAUACUCAGGCCACAGCACUCGUAAGGUGGCCGAUUCACGAGAGAAGAUGUGUGCUGAAACAGCGGACAAACUGGCACGGAUGUCGGUGAGCUCUGGCACACAGCUGAAGAGCACAAGACUGCCCCCGCCACCACCUCCUAUGAAAGCCGGUGGUUGGCACGGCCGAACGGAUUUUCUCGCUCGAUCACACGAGAUUCCUUCGGCCAAAAGGUACUCGAGGAAAGUCAUGGGCUGAGAUUCCUGCGCCCUUGGCGCAUGCUGGCCUCAGGGUCGACGACUUGCAAGCUUCCAGUAAAAAUAAAUAUAUCUCGACUGCUAAUCUGUAUAUUCCUUGCCCGUUUGAUCGAGUUGCUUCUGGUUAAUCUGCUUGGAAAUUAACACAAUGAAAUCUGUGAACGUUUGCUAGUUUUGCCUGGUAUUUUGCUGAGAAAGUGUUUUAGGGUGAAUGUGGGUUGGCUAGGCCAAUUGUAUUAGAUUCAAUCUUUAUUAUUGAAUUUCUAAGUCAAUGGUAUUUUAAAUGACA